AACCGCCAAUAAGCACGAAAAAGAAGACGAAGAAGGACUACAGUUGUGAAAGAGUGCUUUGACAUUAUUAGGUUUUCAUGCGGACUAUAAGAUUGGGUGCAGAUACAUCUGAAUAACAAUAUUAAGUAUCGACAAAGAUCAAAAUCACCAUCCUGAAGCGUUGUCCGCUUAUGUCACUAGAAAACGCACUUCAGCUGUCCUCCGAGAUCUAACCCAUGCUUAUGACAGAUCUGAGGUCAUUUUGGAACACCGUAUGUAACGUCAAAAAACAGUCCAAAACAAUCUGUACCUGUGCUGUAAUUAUUGCAAGCACUGCAAGGGGUCACGUUAAAGCCAUACUCCAAUAAGACAUCCAGCUUUAAUUCACAAUGCAUCCAGAUCUGUCUCCACAUCUUCACACUGAUGAGUGCAAUGAACUUAUAACACUUCUCAAGCAAUGCCACAAAGAGCACAAUGUUCUGAAAUUCUUUGGCACGUGUAAUGAUGUGGACCGGGCUAUGCGCGAUUGUCUCAAGAAAGAGUACCACGUAAAGAGGGAGCACAGCAGGGCUCACGCAGCAGAAAUGAGGCAGCGUCUAAAGGAAAAACCAAAAGGGGAUUCCUAAGACCAGGCUUCUUUGGAUCACAGAACUACCACACACAAAAACGUUUGUUGCCUGUACACAUUGAAUCUGGAUGAUUCUGAACUCUUCUGUAUGGAUAUGUAUUUAUUAUUAUAGAUGUUGGCAACAGAGAGUUAUUCAAGUGAUCAGUGGCUUAAUUUGUGCAUUUACAACUCCUGUAUAAUACAUCAGAAUUAGAUAUAAUGUAAUGAAAGCAUAUUGCUAAAAGUAAAACUUUA